CGCUUCAGAAGACAGAACUACUUGAUCUUCAGUCUUGUUUGUUGUUGCAGUGAUAAACCUUACCUGUGAGCAACUACAGUAUCAGAAGAGAUUAUGCAGAAUAAGAUUCAGUUUCUUAUUUUAUUUGUUCUGAGCCCUUGUGUUUGCUCUCUGCCUCACAUGUUUUACUAUGUUCCUGUGCCAACGAGCUGGUUGGAUGCGCAAACAUACUGCAGACAACAUUACACUGAUUUGGCAACCAUUGAUGACAAGACAGAUGUUUAUGAGUUGGUAAAAACUGUACCCAAAGAUUUUAAAGGCAAAUAUAUAUGGAUUGGACUCUAUCGGAUGAGUGGCACUUCUCCCUGGAUUUGGUCCGAUCAGAGCAAGUCCAUAUUCGGAUGGUGGGCUUCUGGACAGCCAAACAAUUAUAAUGGCUACCAAUUCUGUGCGUCAAUAUAUACUGAUGGAUUCUGGGCCGAUGAGGAUUGUGUAUUAAAAUACACUUCUAUCUGCUACAUUGACAGGAAGACACAGAUUUUAAGGGUUGACGUGAAAUCAAGUCAAAAUAUGAAUGAUCCUGAAGUGAAGAAAGAGAUUUUAAAGAAGGCGAGUUCAUAAGUGGCUAGAGUGAAUAUGUGCGGUGUGUGGGUG